GCGGGCUCUGCAGGGAAGUGCGUCAGAGGAGGUGCGGGGAGAGUGGAGUGCUGUGGUCUGAGCUAGAGGGUGAGGCUGGCGGAGCGAGAGGAUGGGCGAGCAGUUUGAAUGCCAGAAUGGAUAACCGUUUUGCUACUGCAUUUGUAAUUGCUUGUGUGCUUAGCCUCAUUUCCACCAUCUAUAUGGCAGCCUCCAUUGGCACAGACUUCUGGUAUGAAUAUCGAAGUCCAGUUCAAGAAAACUCGAGUGAUUUGAAUAAAAGCAUCUGGGAAGACUUCAUUAGUGAUGAGGCAGAUGAAAAGACUUAUAAUGAUGCACUUUUUCGAUAUAAUGGCACGGUGGGAUUAUGGAGACGGUGUAUCACCAUACCCAAAAACACACAUUGGUAUACUCCACCAGAAAGGACAGAGUCAUUUGAUGUUGUUACAAAAUGCAUGAGUUUCACACUAAAUGAGCAGUUCCUGGAGAAAUAUGUUGAUCCUGGAAACCUCAAUAGUGGAAUCGAUCCACUUCGGACCUAUCUUUGGCGUUGCCAGUUCCUUUUACCUUUUGUUAGUCUUGGUCUGAUGUGCUUUGGGGCAUUGAUCGGACUUUGCGCUUGUAUCUGCCGAAGCCUGUAUCCCACCAUUGCUACUGGUAUUCUCCAUCUUCUUGCAGGUCUGUGUACACUGGGCUCAGUAAGUUGCUAUGUUGCUGGAAUUGAACUACUACAUCAGAAACUAGAGCUGCCUGAGAAUGUGUCUGGUGAAUUCGGAUGGUCCUUCUGCCUGGCUUGUGUCUCAGCUCCCUUACAGUUCAUGGCUUCCGCUCUAUUCAUCUGGGCUGCUCAUACCAACCGGAAAGAGUACACUUUGAUGAAGGCAUAUCGUGUGGCAUGAAUGGGAGCUGCCUGCUUUGCAAUUGCCAUUUUUAAUAUAUUUUUAAUAUUGCUAUUUUCUCUUGCCUCCCUCUCGUUUUUAAUUAAAUUUUUAUUUUUUGUGGGUAUACUAUUUUAUCCUGAAAAUACAUUUUAUUUAUACACAUAUACAUCACUAAAUACAUAAUAUCACUAAAAUUUAUUUGGUUUAUUUGGACUGAUUCCAUUUUUCAAAGUAAUCUAGUUUCAAAGCCUAAAUAGUACGAAAUGUAUAGAAACUUGACACAAAUUUGUGAAAGAAAAUUGACAGUGGGAAAUUGACCCAGAACAAGUUCUGCUAAUGUCUGGUAAACUUUCAGGAAUUGGAGUGACUAUGUGUUGAACUAGAAACAUUAAUUUAUUUGGGAAACCUUUUAUCAUUGUCAGAACUUCAUGUUCACUUUGCUGUUGUAGAUAGCAAGUCAGCUAGCAGUAUUUGUCCUGUUUUCAAAGACUGAAAUUCCAUAAAAUUAGGCCAUUUUUUAAGAUCCUUUUCUUUAAAUUUGACAUAGGGCUUCAUCUGAGGUGAAACAUUCACAGCUGUUUAUAUCCACAAUGUCUCUAAGAGAAAAGAAGUGAAAAAUACAGUGUUUACUUGAAAUUUUUACUUUGUAAUUGCAGAAAUUCCAGUUCAGCCAGACAGGGUUAAUUUGGUUAUUAUAUUAUUUGUUUUCUUUUUAAACUCCUUAUAGGAUUUUAAAUACCACCAAAACAUUUUGAAUUUUUCUCUUCCCCUUGCACACACCAGGCUUGUUAAAAGAAUGCUUCUUUUUAAACAUUGCAUUAGGAUCACAGAGUAAAUUCCCCAACUGCUUUCUAUUGAUUCCAGCUAAGUACCGUAACGAAGGUUCUACCAUAAUGACCCUCCAGAGCUGGGAGUAACUACCACAAGAUCUAAAACUAAGGCUCUCCCUUUAGCCUCUAACUAUGGUCUUUAUUUCUUGUGGUGAAAUGUGCCUUUCCUUGCCUAAUCCCCUUCCUGGUGUGUAUCAACAUCAUUUAAUGUCUUCUAAUUAAGUCAUUUUUUUACAAAUAUGUCUAUAAACAUUGAACUUUAAAAAUAUUAUUUAUUUAUUCCAUUGUAGCAUUUGACAGAUUUAAA